UCGGCUUAUCAAUUUUAGCAAAAUAUUUUCGUGAUUUAAGCGGGAAGUGCGUGAUUUAGACAAAAUAAUCAAAAUGAGCGUUGAAGAAGAUGUUAUGAAAAUACAGAAAAAGCUUACUAAAAUGACAUCUGAAGACGGCACGGGUCAAGAAGAAGCGUUAGAACUUCUGAAAGCACUUCAAACAAUGGCUAUCAACUUGGACGUCUUAACGAAAACAAGAAUAGGAAUGACUGUCAAUGCUCUGAGAAAAUCUAGCAAAGAUGAUGAAGUUAUAUCGCUUUGUAAAACACUAAUUAAAAACUGGAAAAAGUUUUUGUCGACACCAAACACGACUAAGGACAAUGGAAAUUCAUCCAAAUCUAAAAAAGAAGGUAAAGACAAAGAUAAAAAAGAAGAUAGAGAUAAGAAAUUGCCAGCAUCAUUUCCACCACAGUCCAACACUACAGAUGCAGUAAGGCUCAAGUGUAGAGAACUUCUAACCCAAGCACUCAAGGCUGCUGGUGAAACUUCCAAUGCUUGCGGAUCUCCUGAAGAACUUGCUGAAGAGUUAGAAGAGUGUAUUUAUGCUGAAUUCAAAAACACUGACAUGCGUUACAAAAACAGGGUUAGAUCAAGAGUUGCUAACUUGAAAGAUCCUAAGAACCCAACAUUACGUACAAAUUUCUUUAAUGGUGUCAUUUCAGCAUCACGUUUAGCUAAAAUGACUCCUGAAGAAAUGGCAAGUGAUGAAAUGAAAAAGUUGAGAGAAAAGUUCAUUAAAGAAGCUAUUGAUGAUGCACAGCUUGCCACAGUUCAAGGCACCAAAACAGAAAUGUUAAAAUGUGGCAAAUGCAAAAAGAAGAACUGUACCUACAAUCAACUACAAACAAGAAGUUCCGAUGAACCUAUGACCACAUUUGUCCUUUGUAAUGAAUGUGGUAAUCGCUGGAAAUUUUGCUAAGACUGCUCUAAACAAUCUAGAAAGAUGGUUUAAAUACUUACUGUAAUGAUACAUUUUUAGUAUCAUGUGUUUUAUUACAUUUACUAUGAUUUGGUUUCUUGCAAAUAUAAAUGCAUUAUUACUGUCAUUGACAACUAUUGUGUGUAGAUAAGGUGAUUUUUUAGUUUAAAAUUUAAUAAAAUAAUCUGCUUUAAGUC